UAAUUAGUUUUUAAUUUAGAAAUUUUAUUUAAUAGUCACUAUUUAUGGCUUCGAGAUCACUGUAGAUGUUCAAAAUGUUAUAGCAAUACAACUCAUGCUAGAAUUCAGCAAACACAUAAAAUACCUGCUAAUAUUUAUCCUCUUCAUGUUUCUCUUAAUAAUGGAUGUCUAAGAAUAGAAUGGAGUGACAAUCAUAUGUCAAUAUACAGUGAAAGUUGGUUGUUUCAAAACCAUUAUAAUAAAUCACUAGAACCUUUUCUUAUCAGUGAUAUAAAAUGCCGCUAUUGGGGUAAAGAAAUACAAACAAAUGUUCCUGAGUCAAUUCAUUUUGAAAAUGUAUGUAAAGAAAAAGAAGAUCUACUAAAACUUCUGGAAAAUGUUGCAAUAUAUGGCUUUGCAAUUGUAAAAAACACCCCAACAACACUUGAGUCUGUUCGAACUAUUAGUAAUCUUAUUGGGUAUCCACGUAAGACUUUUUAUGGUGAUGUAUGGUUAACAACAAACAGAUCAGAAGAAGAUAUGGAUCAUGCUGACUUAGCAUAUUCAAAUGUUGCUCUUCCAUGUCAUACUGAUGGAACAUAUUUUUUAGAUUCACCUGGCCUACAGAUGUUUCAUUGCCAUGAACACACAGGAACUGGUGGCGAGACAGUACUUGUAGAUGGUAUAGGUGCUGCUGAAAAGUUGAAGCUUACUAAUCCCGAUGCUGUGGAGUAUUUAGCCAAGACAUGGAUUCCUGCCACAUAUUAUGAGAAAGAUCGUUGUUCAAAAGCUUUAGGGCCUAUUAUAAAGAUAAACCCGUACUCAAAAGAAAUUUAUCAAGUCAGAAUAAAUGAUGGAGAUCGUGAUGUUUUGAAUUGCUUAUCAUUUGAUGAAAUUGAGAAAUUUUAUAAUCAUUACAUUGCUUUUUUGGAUAUCAUAUAUAGCAAGGAACAAGAGUUUCGACUUAAACUAACUCCCGGAAAUUUAUUAAUUGUCAACAACUGGAGAGUUCUUCAUGGACGCACCUCAUUUACUGGAAAACGUAGUUUAAGUGGUUGCUAUAUCAACAUGGAUGACUACUUAAGUACAAUUCGUGUCUUACGCGAACAUUUACGCGGAAUACCUUCUAAGUAAAAGAAAUAAAAAGUUUAGAUAUUGUUACUAAUUGAAAA